AUGACUUUGGAAAUGUUCAUUUUGCAGCUUGUUUCCCGUCGAUUCGCGUUAGUUUUUUUUUGAAGAUGUUCUAAAAGGUCAAAGGUUUCGAAAGGAAUGUGUUGUCAUGGUAACAUCGGUUUUUUGCGAUUUUAUAAAGCUAUUUUGCCAAAGCCCUUUAAUUUUAAGUUGAAUUUGAUUAUUCUAUUAAUUUUGUACAGUAUUAAUGUUGUACUUUUUUUUUCUUACUUUUGAAGCCUCUGAAGGGUAACUUUCUGAAUCAUUAAUUCAAAUAAAGUGCUACAAAAACGUUUUCUAGCCAUUUGACCUUUUUUAUAUGUCUUUGAAGCUAUAUUUUCUCGAAAUCGCUAUAUUUUUGAUCUUUUGAAAUAUUUGUUCUCUCAGGAACGGCGCUAAAAAUCUCACAUUCUUGUUAAAAAGUGCAUCAAAGGCUCUAUUUUUUCACCACCUUUAAUAGAAAAGAAUGAAGAAAAAUUUUUUGAAGAAAUCCGAUUUUGUAAUUUUCCCUGUUCGCAAAUUUGUAUUGAAAUUUUCGUGUAUAACUUGAGGAAGUUCUCAUAUUUUCCUUCUGAAUUCCAGAAUGUCGGACAUUUACGACACGACAGAGUUCACCUGCGACGAAGAGGUUCCGGAAGAAGCGGCCGACGCGGAGCCGAGUGCUCCCGUCUUCCAAAGACAUUCCUUGUCCCAACCGGUGCUCCCGUCGGCCAGGACCGCUUCCGUGAACAUUGCCAGCACCAUGCGGACCGAUAUUCCGAUUAUCAAGACGCUGGAGGAGAACCACGAGCUCAGAUUGUUGGCUCACACUAACAAGGUGAAGGAGGAUGAUGAGAAAUGGCUGUAUUGUAAGGAUGAAAAUGUACCGAAAUCGGAAAAACGGGAAAUCUUUUUAAGGACUCUCAGAAGGAGCUAAAAAGGUCCCGCUAAGAGCUCCUAAAAAUUAUGGGAAAAAAUAUUUUUUGAGAAGGUUUUUUAUUGCCUCAGAGCAGUUCCGAAAACAGAGAACUUUUGAAAGAGGAAUCAUUUGAACCAAAAAAAAGGUGCUAACUGUGAAACUAUACCUAGUGAGGAUCUAAAAAAAGUUUUUCUAGUGGUUAUCGUAUUCAGAAAAAUUAAAAAGCAGCUUAGAAAAGUGUGAGAAAUCGUUGCGGUUUUAGUUUCAAAGAUUUUUCUGAGCUUACAAAAACUUUUUUUGAGUUUAUCAUCUUCCACAUGCGCAUAUUUUUACAGUUACUUAUUUUUUUCUAUUUAAAUUUCAAAAUCUCUAUCUUCCGCGCUUUUUUGCCCAUCUCUGCCUCGGAGGACAAUUUUUGGUGCUCCUGGAAUAUUUUUAAGUGCUUUCUAGCAUCUUUUUAUGAAAUUAUGUGAAAAAGAUGCAAGUGGAAAAGAAAAAAAUCGGCAGGGGAUUCAUAAAAAAUUUUUAAAAAAGCUUUUGAUUCCACGAAAAGAAAAAAAAAUACGCAAAUUAUGACAAAAAUUCGCUAUUUCAAGCUUUAUAGCGUCUUUUUGAGAAAAAUUUUGAGAAAAUGUUUCUUUUUUGGAAUAAGAAGGUCCUAAAAAAACAAGAAAGACUGAAAAAAAUCCUCUAGUAAGAUUUUUUUCAAUUUUUUUACGUCACAUGAUUUUUUUAUAUUUUUAUUUUUUUAGCAAGAAAUCCGGUACCUAACUCAUCAGUACAACGAAGCCAAAGAAGCCUUGCAUCAAAGUGUCCGAGAAAUUCUCGACGAGGUUAAAUUUUUCUCAGAAAAACAUCCUAAAGAACAAUUUUCCAGUACAUUGAAUUAAAAUUCCGAAAAGAGGAUGUGGAAAGUGAGCGCGCCUCGAUCAGCAAAAUUAAGCAGGUUUUUUUUUCCUUUUGGAAUAUUUUAAUUUUAGUUUUACUUUUCUAGGAACUUCUGGAGAACCAGGAAUAUCUGGAUGAAGCCAAAUAUAACCUCGAAAAAUUGAGGGAAAGCGAAAAAGAAUGGAUUCGUGAGAAAGAAGAGCUCCUGGCUCGGAUCCAGGAGGUUUGACGUGGAAAAUUUAUGACCAAAAAAUAAAAUAUAUCAUUUUUAGUGAUAUCUUCAACGAAAAAAAAUAUGUUUUUAAAGAUUAAAAAAAUUAUUUUUUUAGAGGUUAAAUAGUAUAGAGAACUUGUACUUUUGACGCUCAUUAUGUGGAAAAAAAUUUAAAAAAAGAAGUUAUUUUUGACAUUUUUUUGAACCGCAAAUUUCUUAAAAUAUAUAAAGAACAAUGACAUUUUUUUCAGAAAGUUUAAGGUUUAUGUAUAAAAAAAGUAGUUGAUUUUUCCGAUUUUUUUCAGCUUUUUCUUCCCAGGUAACAAGCUCUUAAAGUUGAAUUUUUUUGGAUGGUUAUGAAAAUUUGUAGAUUUUUUUAAAGCUGAAAUAAAUUUUUCGACAAGUUAUUAUACCUUUAAAAUGAUUGUUUUUACGAUUCUGUUUCGAAAAAUUCGAUAUUUUUCGAGACCUUUCUCAGUUUUCUACAUACUUACUUACUUAGAUACUUAGAUGGUCCAUCUUCGCUUUCGAUCUUUUAUUGCCUUUUAUUGAUCGAAGCGUGGACCACACGUUUUCCAGGAGGUCUUAUGCAAUCGGUCAUCCAGUGUUGUCCUGGUUGACUGGUAUUCUUGCGAAAAAGUUCCAUCCGUGGUGUUGAACGUGUUAUAGCAUAAUUUUGGUCUGAUUAUCCUUUUUGCCUUGCCAGGGCUAAAAAAGACCGCCCAUUCUGUUAGCAGAAGCAAGCCGAACUGCGUGACCGGUGUACCGUUAGCCGCCAUAAAUGGCGUUGUCUCCUCAUCACCGCGUAGAGGUGGUACUUGAAGGGGUUCUAUAUACAAAACGGUUAAUUGCUAGAUUUAUUUCUUCAAAAAAAUUAUUUUUUUAUUAGUAGUUUUUUUCUACAACUUUUUCAGCAUUAAACUGUUCUUAUUCAGUGAUUUUUCGAAACUUAGAAAUGUCAGAGUGGUCCCUAAAGGGGCAACCUUAGGAGCUCUUGUAGGAUACCCUAUAGGGGACUCUUUACCUUUCCCACUAGGGAGCACUGGAGCUUUAGAGGCUUAUAGAUCCGAUGGUAAACUCCUUCAGAAGCCACUUAAUUUUACACCAAUUUUUUGGUCUUCCAUAGGAGCUUUUGUUGACCUUAUAGGGACCACUUCGGUGUUUCUAAGAACAUUUUUCACCAGUCUAUGUACUGGGAAAAUUUUUAGUGGCCACUAUAGAGGCUUGCCAAGGACUACUUGGAAAGGACACUAAAGUGGCCACUAAACCCACCUCUAUAGUGGCCACUAUUUUCUGUUUUAGUGGCCACUUCAGUAGUUUUUCAUCCAGCAUUCCUUCCAGUAACUCUGACAACUUAAAAGAAAAACAGAUCGGACCAGUUAUGUUGAUCCACUGACCCCUAAAGUGACCACUCAAGUUUAUAGUGGUCUAGUAGUAGCACUUAGAUCUCUAUAGUGGCCACUAAUUUUUAACCCCUUAAGUGGCCACAAAUUUGACUACUAUAGUGGCCACUGAAACGUCAAAACCCUAAAGUGACCACUAAAAAUUUUCCCAGUACAAAGCGGUUUAGUUCCUGGAAAAUCUAUUCAAAAAAUGAUUCAGCUUGAAAAUUCGGUUCCCCCGACACCAAGCGAUGAAACCAAUCCAAUCCGUUGUAUUGACGAUUUGAGGGCUGGAAAUCCGGAUUGGACAUUGUUUGAUGAGAAUGAUGUGUUAGUUCAUUCAAAAUGGAAUAAAUCGAAAAAUGAUGUCAUUUCCAGAAAGAUCAACAAGCUCGAGAACGACCUUUUCGACGAGAAAGUCAAAGUCUCCAAGCUCGAGGAGCAAAUCCGACAGCUCAAUGCUCAAAUUGAUGAGAAAUUGACGCCGAUUGAGCCGAAUGACAGCAAGGUGAUAGAGAAAACGGAGUAUUUUACGGGAAAAAUUCUGAAAAUUUGAAAAUUUGGGAGGUUUCUAUACGUACUUUCAUUGAAAAAAGGAUACGAAAAGGCUUUUUUAACCUUAGAAAAGUUUUUAAAAGGGUUUUGGCCCUUUAUGAACAAGUUUCAGAUAUUUCUAAUGUUCUAGAGUAUUCUGGAAUGAAAAAAGGUCAAAUAGCGGUAUAAAUAUUUUUCUUUUCGAAUAUGUUCAGCCUCCAAAGCAUUUUAAACAUUUUUUCUAUGAUCUUCACUAAUUUUUUCCCUGAAAGUUUUUCUCGCCCUUUUUUUGUCCAAAAUUAUCGACUUUUUAUUUCAAAUUUGGCUCAGGGUUCUCGUUGAAGAAAUUAUUAUAUACAUAAAAUGAUUGUGAAAAUAAAGGUUUUUGGCACUUUUCAUGAGAUUUUUUUUUCCCAUAAAAGCGAAAAUUUUCGAACAAAAAAACGCAUACAUGGAAAAAUGUAGAAUGAAUCAAGUUUUUUAUUAUUUUCAUACUUUUUUUCGUUCAAUUGAUUUUUUCCGGAACCGUAAAAAAUUGAAAAUUAUAAUAAAAAUCACAAAAUGGUGUCUCGCGUUUGAUUUCGAGCUCCCCGCCAAGAAGCCGCGUCGCGCACGCAAUGCGUCACUCUCGACAGUCUACCCAUUUUGUCUUUUAAGUCGCGGAAGGAUAAACUAUAUUAGAAUGUUAAAAAUUUGCAGUGUUCAAACAAAAAUAUUUAAAGUCGGAAAGGGUCGAAAAAGGCUCCAUAGAAAUGUUUUUUUAGGGUGAAAAAGGCUACUUUUUGCUGCCUUUUUGGAGCUUUUUUGCUGCCUUUUUGCUGCCUUUCUGCGACCUUUUCCGAGCCUCUCCCCUUUAACGACCACUCCGACUUUGCCCGAGCGGCACCAUUUAUCAAUUUUUCAAUUAAUUAGCCAAUUUUCCAAGACUUUCACCUACGGACCAUCGAGCACCCUGGACAAUGACCGGGUUCUUCGGUACAACGACCAAUUGGAAUCCGAACUGGCCAAGGAGAAGGAGAAAUACGUUACUUGUCAGAAGGCUCUCGUGGUAUUCCCAUUCCGAAACGGAAAAGUGAACUCUUAAGUGUUUUUAGGAAUACAUGAACCGGACCAGCAAACUCGAAAUGGAACUGAAAGUCGCGAAAUCCGGCUUUGAAAUUUCCGGCCUGCAAGGAACAACUGCUGAGGAACUCAUGGCCGAGGUGGAGGAAAAAAUUAGAUUUAGUCAAAAAUUGGAGAAAAAAAAAGUUGGAAUUUUGCCAUGUUUGUAGAGAAAAUGUUGGUGUUAAAUGGAUUAAUUGUUUAAAAAAAAUUGUUAAAAAUAGAAAAAAAUUACUUGAUACUGAUGCUAAAAUGUAAGGGUAUCCUAUUGGGAUUUGCAAUUUCGAAAAAAAAAAUUUUUUUCAAGUUAAGUACCUUUUUUCUAUUCAAAACGGUAGAAUUUGAUGAAUUUUUCAUGGAAAAAUUUUUUUCUGGUCGCAUUUGGAAUGGCUUAAAGCGUUGCGGUUCGAGUGGGAUUUUUAAAAUCGGAGUUUUCAGCUCUGACUCAAUCUCUACGAUUAACAAACUCAGCAGAAAAAAUGAGGUUUUUUCAAAAAUUUGUUAGAAACUUACUCAACAGUGUUUCGACAUUUAAAAAAAUAUUUUUUUGCGUGAAAUUCGUACUUUUUAACGCAUUUUUUUGAAAGAAAAAGAAAAUACGCUUCGCAUGGCGCAUUGAGCCAUUCCCAGUGCGGUGGCGAUAAAUUUGGAUUUUCUAAAAAAAAUUCCUGUCCGGUAUAGAUUAAGUUCAAAAAUUCAAGAAUUUGCUGCUCAAAUAGGGGUUUUUCCUAGAGAGAGUUGUUUGAGAUUGAAUUUCGAAUGAAAAUCUCAAUUUUUUUGAGAAUAAAUUUCGAGAAUUUGAACUUUAGCAUAGUUUAAACGUUUCAUUGGGAAAUUUCAAGGAGUUAAUAUUAAUUUUUAUGUUUUCAAAAGUUUGAUAAGAACGUUUUGAAUAAAACUUUUUAUAACUAGAUGUUUUCUCAAUGAAAUUUAAUCUGCGUUUGAAAAUUAGUUUUUUGCAAAAUGACUCUUUGAAAAAGUUGCGCGCAAGUUGAUUUACGGUCGGGCGCAAAAAUUGGACAAAAAAUCCUUUGAGCCAUUCCCAGUGCGGCGAUGAAUGAUCAAAAAAAUCGUUCAUUCAACUUUUAAGAUUCAAAGAAUUCAUUAAAAACGGCAAAAAAAUUGCUCAAGCCAUUUCCAGUGCGGUAAUAAGUUUACAAAAAAUCGUUCAAUCAACUUUUGAGAUUCAAAUAAUUAAUAAAAAAACUGCUAAAAAAAUGCUCGAGCCGUUACCAGUGCGGCAAUAAUUUUUCCUUUUUUAAGAUUGAACGGAUCCGGUCGGAACUCGUCGAUCUGAGAUCGGAAAAUCACGAACUCCGUUCCCGCUGUGAUGCUCUUCGUGGCGGCGACGGGUACUUUUUCAAGCCCCUAACUUGAAAAACCAAUAAAAUGUCCUCAGAAACGCGAGCAACUCCUUCGCAAGUCCCGGAGCCCUCAGAACUCCCGGCACUCGGAAACCGAUCCCCCAGUCGCCCCUGGCCAAAGUCAGCUUCAGCUUGGACUCCGAGGAGAAGAACCUUGAAGUUUGAGAGAUUCGAAAGAAAAAAAGAACACUUAUGGACCUAGGAAAGGGAGAACAAAGCCCUGCAGAAGUACAAAAGCCUCAAGGAACAGUUCAAACAGAUCAUGCGAGCUCAGGGAAUGGACUCGGAUAAUGGUGGGUUUGUAGGAGGCUUGGGCGAGGGUUAGCCCGCCAUUCUAGCAGAAACGGGCUGGCCCGGUUAGUUUUUAAGUCGUGGCAGGCUUGGGCGAUGAUUAGCCCUACCACGGCCCGCGCGGCCUCGAUAAAAAGCGCUGUUAUUCUCUAAGCUGUGUCAAGCUUCAGCGAGGGCCCGCCCGGUCUUUGCGAAGCCGUAGCAGAUUUAUGCGAGGGCCUGCCCGGUAAUUUUCUAAGCCGCUACAAUUUUAUGCGAGGGCUGGCCCGGUCUUAGCGAGGCCUCACGCAGAGAAGCGCUGGCCCGGUUUGUUUUUUUAAAUUGUGGCAGACUUGGGCGAAGGUUAGCCCUACCACGGCCCGGUCUUAGCGAAACCUUUAAUAAAAACGGCCGGCUCGAUGGUUUUCUAAGCCUUGACAAUUUCGUUGCGAGGGCCAGCCCGGUUUUUUUUAAAAGCCAGUCCGGACCCGCCCUAGGCAAAGUCUCGAAAAAAAAGGCCCGUAACAGGCUUGUGCGAGGGCCAGCCCGAUAAUUUUCUGAGCUCGACCCGGCCUGGUCCUAGAGAGUCAUUGAGCAAAAACGGGCUGACCCAAAGUUUCGAGUGAGGGCCGGCCCGUCAGCCCUACGCGACGCGGUUAAACCUUGACGAGGGCUAAAGCAAGAAGGGGCUGGCCAGUCUUUCGUUCUCUAAGCCGCGAUAAUUACCUGCCCGGGCUGGCCCGCCCUUACCUAUGCCUCAAGAAUAGACCCAGAAAACGUUAAAAUUUCAGAAUUUUUUAAUUUUUUCUUCAUUUUUGUUCAUUCUUCAAAGCUCAAAAUUCUCAGACAGUGACUUGACGGCCGAAAAAAGUGGCGAUGAAGCUCCGGAGCCGGAAAUUUCUCCGGAAAAAUCACCGAUGAAACCCGUUUCCGGAGAUAUUGAAGAAAUUGUUCAGGUACUCUUUUUUUCAUUUUUUUCCUUUUUUUCCGUAUUAAAUUUUUUUAUGAAUAUUUUUUUCGUUGGAUUUUUCGAUUUUUCACCCAUUUUUUUCAGGCUCUCAAUAGUUCAGUUUUGCACGCCAGUAUGAGCGUCCACGAGGUUCAGCAGUUCCAGGUUCAUUUUUUUCGAUUGUUUUUUUGUUACUUUCUUGUAAAAAAAUAUUUUUGAAAUUAUUGUAAAUUAUUGUAGGAUUAUUGUAGGAUUUUUUUAUAGGAUUUUUUUGUAGAAUUUUUUUGUAGGAUUUUUUUAUAGAAUUUCCGUAGGAUUUUUCUAGGAUUUUUCUGAGAUUUGCUAAGAUUUUUUUGAAGGAUUUUUUUGGAUUUUUUUGAGGAUUUUUAGUAGGAUUUUCGUAAGAUUUUUUUGAAGGAGUUUUUGUAGGAUUUUUUUGUAAGAUUUUUUUACAGGAUUUUUUUGUAGGAUUUUUUUGUGGAAAUUUUUUUCAGAAUUUUUUUGAAGGAUUUUUUUGUAGGAUUUUUUUAGGAUUUUUUUAAAAGUAUUUUUUUGUCGGAGUUUUGUAGGAUUUUUUUGUAAGAUUUUUACAGGAUUUUUGUAGGAUUUUUUUGAAGGGUUUUUACAGGAUUUUUUUGUGGAAAUUUUUUUCAGAAUUUUUUGAAGGAUUUUUUUGUAGGAUUUUUUUGUAAGAUUUUUUUGUAGGAUUUUUUUGUGAGAUUUUUUUGUAGGUUUUUUUGAAGGAUUUUUUUGUAAGAUUAGAGCCGAAUUUCGUGGAGAUUUUAUAGACAUUUCAUAAAAAAAUUUAUAGGAUUUUAGUUAAUUAGCGAUUUUUAUCAUAUUAUUUGAUUGCAGGAGAACUUUUCCAAUGUCAAAACGGCCGUCGAAAGGCUUUUUCGAACGGCUCAAGUCUUCUGCCGCACUGUUUGAGGAGAUUUUGGAGAAAGUUUCCAUUGUAAAAAAAUAUAUUUUACCUGGAAAUCAUUAAGAUUGGAUCGGAAAGCGAAUUGGCGCCGUACAUCCAAAAUAUGAAGCUGACUUUCGAACAAGACGUCCGGGAACAGGCGGAUCUCAGCCGGAUCAUCGAAGGUUUUGGGGGAAAAAAAGAGACGAUUCAGAGGAAUUAAUAUAGUUUUUUUCAAAAAAACAUCCAAGUUUAUAAAUAUGAAAAAAAUACCGAAUUUUUUUGAUGAGAAGUUUGGAAAAUUCAGAAUUUUUUUGAGAUUGAGCAAUUUUUUUGAGCUUUUGAGAAUUUUUGAGAACUUGAGGAAUCGCAAAAAUGAUUCUUCAUAAAGCUUAUUUUUUAAUGACCCUGCAGGGUUCAAAAAUUCAAACCUUCCGCUUUUUUCAAUCAAUGCAAAGAUAGUUUAAAGCUCCCUGAUUCUAACCCAAUAUGAAAAUUUGUGUUGCUUGAAACUUCAUACGGUAUCUUUCGAAUAUAUAAAUGUAUUUUUUUACAUUUUUUUAGCCGCUAUAAAAUCAUUUGUAAAUAAAAAAAAUAAGAAUAAAACGUGGAAAAAUUUUUUUCCCCAAGCGCAAUAAAGAUUUUAACGUAAUUAUAGAAUAAUUUUUUUCAAAAUCCUCCAAGUUUUUUUCAUUUUUUUCCACUAGGAUUUCAAACAAAAAAAAAAAAAAAACUAGAAAAGUUAUCCAAAAUAUUUUUCAUAUAUUUAUACUCAAUUAAAAAAAGUUCUAGUAAUUUUUUGUAACUUUGAAAAAAAUCCCAGCUUGAUUUGGAUUUUUGUUCCCAACAUUUUAAUCAUCUUGUUCAAAAUGUCUCGAUUUAAUUAAUCCAACAGAGUGACUUGAAAGUUCAAAAUCAUCAGAUUUUAUUUAUUUUUUGUAGUAUUGUCUGGGCUGAGAUUUCGACUUAAAUUAUUUAAAAUUUCAAGAAUUUUUGAAUUUAAUUUUUCCUUUAGAGAUUUAAUAUUUUUUUAUUCAAAUUGAAUUAAUAUUCAUGAAAAAGCCCGUAAAAAAAUAGAGUAAAAAGCUGAAUUUGCAUAUUUUUUUCAACUUUUUUUUCAUCUGAUUUAAAUUCUCGUCAAUCCUAAAUAUAAGUGAUUUGAAAUUUCAAGCGUCUCAAAAUUGAUUUCCCAUAGAAAAUUCGAAAUUUUAUCGUUUUUUUUGAAAUUUCGAAAAGAAGUAUGUGAUUUUUUUAGCGACGGACCGUGACCUGAACGGAAUCGUCAACAAUUUGACGCUCCUCGAAAAAUCUUUCAACCCGUCUUUUAUCCUCGACGCCUCCCAACGAUAUUCAAUGGCCAAUACUUCGGGUAGCCUUGAAAUUUCCCAAAAUAUCCUUCAAAAAAACUCAUUUUCAAGCCUUUUUAUCCCAAUCGUUCCAAGAUUACCGCCGCCGCGGCGAUUAUGCCAAAGAAGAGGUUUAGAAAAAUCAGAGGAAUAUGUAAAUUUUCCCAUUUUUAGCUGGCCAACUCGGCAAUGGAUUCGUUGAAAAAAGAACUCGUCGAUUUGGAGCUCAAAUAUAACGUGCAGAAUGUCGAGGUACAGUUUUGAGGGGCAUGGAAAAUUCGCCAAAAAAAUAGGGUUCUAACUCGGUUUCGCUGUUUCAAGGCACAGAUAUAUUUUGAAAAAAACAAGAUUACCGCGAUUUCGUUCGAAUUUAGGCCAUGCUGGAAAAGUCGAUCGUUUUUUGAGGGACCAUUUUGGGGAAAUUUUGAAGUUUUUUUUUGAUUCUUAAGUUUUUGAGUUUCCAAAAUGUGUCGAAUUCUCGAUUUUUGGUCAGUUUUUCAAGUUUCGAUAAAUCAAAUAUUGAGAUUUAAAAAAAUUUAAUGAAGAGAAUUUUUUUGAAAAUUGGCUUUGAAACGGAUCACUAUACUAAGGAAUACGUACUUUUAAACCGUUAACACCCUCAUAAAGCCUAUAAAAACUUUUCAAAUUGUGCAAAAUUAAAAAAAAAGUGGUUUAAAAAAAAGCGACUGAACCGGCAGACUUUUCCAGCAUGCAGGGGAUUUUCCCUAAACCUAAAAUUGUUGCUGAUUCAUCGACGGUUAUAGCCGAUUCACAGCUGACAUCGAAAAAUCGGUCUUGACACGAUAAAAAAAGAGAUAAUGCCAAGCCACGCCCCUUUUUAUCCCAAGCUUGCCGUGAAUCCUCUUCAGUUAGAAUUUCGCGGAAUUUUUUCCAACAAACAGAAUGCAUUAAAAUAUUUGGCAAUUACCACGGUUAGAAUGGAUUUUACAUGAAUAUUUCUCUCGUUAAUAAAACCCUAGUUUCAGUUGGAAAGCCUUCAAACCCAAAUUUCGACGCUUAAAGACAAAAACGCCGACUACAGUGUCAAGUUUGAGGUUUCUAAACGACCAGAAUAAAGGCUACGACAAUAGCGAUUUUUGCGAAAAAUGCGAUGUCGCGAGAAAUGCGAGAGAAUUGCGAUAUUGCGAGAAAUGCGAGAGAAUUGCGAUAUCGCGCCUGUAAAUUGCGAUUUCGCGACUUUAAAAGUGCGAUGUCUCGCUUAUAAAAAUGCCAUGUCGCGCCUUUAAAACGCAAUGUCGCGUUAAAAAAAGAUGCGAUGUCGCGCCUUUAAAACGCGAUGUCGCGCUUAUAAAAAUGCGAUGUCGCGUCGAUAAAAAUUCUGUUUCGCGCUUAUGAAAAUUCGAGGCUUGCGCGAAGACAGAUCGAUAUAUUUGCGAUAUCGUCAAUGUACCGCCAACGAUAUCGCAUUUCUCUCGUGUCAGUAUCGGUAGUCAUUUUUUGUAUUGACUACUCGGAAACGUCACGCAACAAAAGUGCAAACACAGAAAGCUUAAGAAUGCGGGUUUUUGCAUACAGUACUUUUUGGAAUUCGUAAAAUCGCUCUUGUCUUAGCGCCAAUGGCUGAUUUUGAAAGGAGAUAGACAAUUUUAGGACCUUCUUUUCGAAAAAGACGAAGUCGAAGCGCGCGCCAGGGACCUUGCCAAUGAACUGAAGGCGCUCCAGAAAACGGUCGAAGACGAGAUUUCGAAGCGACGAAAGGCCGAAAAAGAAGUCGACAAUAAAGUCGGCGAGAUUAAUGAACUUACCAAUGAGGUUACUAGGGGAAAAGUCGGGAUUUUCCAAUAAUUUUUUGGAGAUUAACCAGUCGGAAAGGAAAUUCAAGGCCAGAAUCGAGGAAAUGAACGCGGAGGUGGACCGGGCCAGACAGGAUUUGCACCAGGCGGAGGUGAUUUUUUUGAAAAGUUGAGGAAAUAAGGGGAAUUUUCAUUUUUUUCAUGUCAAUGAUGGUGGUGUUUUUUAGGGGGGCUUCAAGUAUUCAAAUAUGUUUAUUUUUGAGCUUUGAUUCUGUUUCAUCGUUUUUUUAUGGAACGGUUUUUUAAAGGUUUCAGGAAUUUUUUUGGUCAGAAAGAUUUUUUUAAAAAAAUUAGAUAAUAGAGAAAAAAAAAUUUUUUUUGAGGAUUUCUCACAAGAUUCAAAUUUUUGAGGAUUUUUUUAAGUCAGAAAGAUGAAAAAAAUAACUUCAAAAUGUUGAAAAAAAUGGCCAAGCAAUUUUCAAAAGCCUCACGAAGUUUUUUAAAGAAGAAAUUUGCGCUCUUCGAUCCAUCGAUUUCUUUUUUCGCGAAAUCUUUAAAGACGAAUUUUUCAGCUGCAGGUGGAUAUUCGAACCGAGUAGAACAGAAAAUUCCGACUUAAAAGUUGGUUGAAACGGUUUUAUGAUGGUUUGAGAGAUUCCAAAAAACGUUUGGAGUACCUUUUCAUUUUUUUUUUUUGGGCAUUUUGAUUUUUGAAUUUUUUUUAGUUCAGCACACUGAUUCUUGCACACCUGAUUUUUAUAUAUUACGGGUUAUUUUUUUCCUCUUUUUAAAUAUUAUUAUAAAAUAGAAUAAUUUCGGUAGAUGAAUUUGAUCUGCGAUUGCGCCAAGAAAAAAAGAGCACUUUUUUUGAUCGCGCCUUUUUUUGUUUGAAACUUUUUUUAAUUGUUCUUAUCAGUAAUUUCAACACACUGAUAGAAGUUCUCAUGUAAAAUCCGGUUCGGUUAGAGGAACAGAAAAUUUGAAAGAAAGCUAGUUAUUGUUUAGAAGCUCUAUACGCUUUCCUUAGACUUCCUAACUUAAAGAAAAUGUUUUAUAGUCCAUUCCGCCUCUUUUGUCAUCCAUAAAGACCGUAUGCUAAUUUUGACCAAAUUUCGCUUCAAGAUCCUUCUUUUUGCAGUUUUGAAGAGCAAAAGUUCGAAAAAGCUCUCGGCGUAUUUGUCCCUGGUCAUCCACUUUUUUUGCUUUUUUGAAAAACACAAAUUCUUUUUUAAUUGAAAAUAAUCUCUACAAAUGACUGUGUAUGAACCAAAGUGUGCUAUAGUAAUAAAAUCGGCAAUAAUCAAUGGCUGAUAUUUAAAGCACCCUUUUUCACCCUGUUUUGAGGCUUUUUGCCCACCAAGAAAGAAAGGCUCAAUAAAGGCCGCAAAACGGAACCCUUUUAGCGGCCAUUUUGAACCCGUUUUCCGCAUUUCCGACUUUAACAGUGUUUUUGAAAGAUUUCUGUUUCAUAAGAUCCAAAAGCUUCGAAUCAGUUUCAUGGCGUUUCAGAAAGAGAUCAAGCAGGCGCGAAACGAGAACGAAAGCCUCCAAGAUCAGUGCCACGAGCUGCGGCACGCCUGGAAACGAGCCGAAGCGGCGGUCGUGAGGAGCAACGAGAACGCCGACGAGCUCGGCACGCAGGUCUACGAGAUGGGACAGGACCUGCAACGCCUCCGCGACUGGGAGUCCCAAGAAGUCGCCCUCCGGCAGAGAAAACCGUCUGUCACGUCGCCACAACGUGUCGAAGUUAGAAGAAGCUCUGAUCGGAGAUCUUUUCACAGCUUUUGAUUGAACUUUCGAUGAGACUUUGGAAAGAAUGUACUCUGAAGGGUUCCUACUUACUAGGGAACGUUUUUUUCGUUUGACCGACCAAUUUCUGAAAUUUACGAAACCGACCAUUUUCAGAGUGACAUUUCGAACGUUCAAAAAUUGACCAUGCUGAUUCCAAAUAAAAAAUAAAAUAUCUCGACUUUUGCCUCGUAGUCAAGUGAUGACGGUUCAAAGUUUGCACGUGAAAGACUGGAACGCAGCAAGAAGGAAUGUGUCUCGCGCACGAGCCCUCACUUCCUGCGUAACAGAAAAUUUUCGAAUAGGCAUUUCGAACGGUCAAAAUUGACCGACCAACUUCGAAGUGACAUUUCGAACGUUCGAAAAAUCAAACCCCUAUAGGGACCACUCCACUCUUUCCGAAGUAAUUUUUGCUGAUGGUUUGUUAAAAAUUUCCAAAAAAUGUAGUUUUUCUGUGUGCAGAAUAGUUUUCAAGUUCAGGCGGAAAAGGAAAAAUUAGAAAAGAAUCGAGAAAGAAAUUAAUUUACACUCGAAUUUGUAACAGAAGUGUAUCUUUGCAAACUCUUAUCAAGAAGUUCAACCGGAUGCUAAAAAAAAAUCCUCUGUGAACAAAAUGGAAAUUUUGAGGAAAUGCCGAUGCGAUCCUCACCCCCUGAACAACGCCCCCAAAAAGAGGAUUUGCGGGUCGAAGAAGCCCAGAAGACUUUGUCGGUCGUUUUCGAAGGCUUGAAGGAGAUCCAAGCCCACAUUGCUGCUUUGACCAAUCAGCCCGUCAAAACUCGGCUUAUCUAUGGGUUCGUACAUGUAGUUUCGACAAAAAAUCAAUAAUUUACAAUAAGCAUGUUUUUUAUUUCAUCCACCAGAAUAGUAGUUCAAAAGGAAGCGUCUCAGCAAAAAAAAAUGGCAUGCUUGAAAAAAAUCUAGUGGUCACUUAAGAGAUUCCUCAAGAACUACUUGGACAGGACACUAAAGUGGCCCCUAGAACCACCUCUAUAGAAGCCACUUUUUCGCGACUUAGUGACCACUAUAGUAUUUUUGAACGCUCAAGCUCCUAGACCGCCAAUUAAGCCACUAAUUUUUAUCCACUCAAGUGGCCACAAAACCCUAAACUGGCCACUUUUCCCAGUACUAUGAAGGGCUUACGACCGCCUAUAAAAAACGACCAUUUUUAGCGCUCUAUUUCAGAUUGAUAAAAUACGGGCGUUUCUCAAUUUCAACUUUUGUAUUUUUUCCUAUCUUUAUAUCAACUCUCCUUUGAAAAAAUUUCGAAUUUCUAGAAUUAUCGGCUUUUUUUCUGGUUUCAACGAUUUCCUCCAAGUGCAAAAUGAUAAAAGAAUAUUUAUGAAAUUAGAUUUUUUCUAGCGACGGGGACUCUGCCAAGAAGGCCUGUGAGGAGGUCUGCAUGACCAUUUCCAAGGAAAUCGACCUUCACAAAAAGCUGACGGCCGAUUUGCGCGCCGCCAAUGAGAAACUGAAGGCUCACAGUGCACUUUCUCAUGAGUUUGCGAAAAUUUGAGGAAAAUCGAUUGAUUUUCACGUUUUCUAGACAAGAAAAUGUGGCUCCGGCUGGUAAUGACCGACGUCCGCCGUUGAAAUCGGCCACCAGCAAUAUCAAGGAGAGAGAGCGUGAGUUUUGCGGAGAGGGCAGAGAAAUUAGAUACAUUUUGGGAUCUUUUAAGGAAAAUCAGAGAAAGUUCUGUAGUUUUUAAGCUUAUAACUGUGUUUUUUUUUCAAUUUGUUCGUUUUUUUCAUCAAUUUUGGGUGUAUUUUGGACUAUCAUGAGGCUAGGAAGAAAUAGCCGCGCCAGGCGGAUGAAAAUUUGCUCUAUUGAUAAAUCAUAGAUUCUUAUUGAUUAAAGCCAUUUCGAUCAAUCUUGAAGGGUUUUCAAAAAAAUUUCAAAGCGAGAUUCCUGUUCGAGAAGAAGUGUAAUAUUACUGGGAAAAACUUUAGUGGCCCCUUAACAGGCUUCUCAAAGAAUACAUGAAUAAGAUUCCACUAAAACCACUAUAGGAGCCACUAUUUUGCCUCACAGUGGCCACUACAGUAGUUCUACUUUUCGUGGCUACUUACGCGACUACCAUAGUGGCCAUUAAUUCGUCAAAACCCUAAAGUGGUCACUAGAAAAGUUUUCGUAGUUGUGGGAAUACGCUGAGUUCAAGUCAGAGUUAUCAAAAUUCAUUUUCAGCCUACUCGAACCCGAUGCGACAGCUUCUGUUCGAAGCAGUCAGAAUGUCGGAUGAAAUCGUCCAAGGCCUGAAAUGCGCCAACGACUUGAAAACUUACGAUCAAGUCAAAGUAAGAAUAUUCCGUCAAGAUUCGAAUUUCGGGACUCUUAGCGCUUCAUUUUCAUAGUUUUCGUAUGGCUUUGCGGUUUUCAGUGGCUUUUUAGGUCUAGGAUAGUGUUGUAAUUCUUAAGAUUUUGUUUAAAAAUUACUGACACCGAAAUCUGUGAUCUGAAACAAUGGAAACUGAGCGAUAACGCGAAAAAAAAAGUAUAAAUUUCAUAAUCGCAUGGGGAUGCUGUCAUGCUGCAGAUUAGAUAACCGCCUAGUCCGGCGCGAGAUAAAAGCGAUAUCGCGCUGAACUCGCAUUUCACGCGACCUCGAAGAUCUCUCGCUUUCUGACCCACUCAAAAAAAAUUUUGGAAAUUUCACAAACGCGAUAUCGCGUCAAGGAGCGGCGCGGUUACAGCGCAUCACGUCUUUGAGACCAUUAAUGUAUCGCCAGCGACAUCGCGCUCAUCUUGGUAGUUGAUCUUAGUGAACACUCAACGCCUAUAGAUGAAAGCGAUAUCGCAAAUAAGCCGCGCUGAACUCGCAUUUCUCUUGGCACGACCUCGAAGAUCUCUCGCUUUUCUGACGCACUCAAGAGAAAAUAUGUAAGUCUUUCAAACGCGAUAUCGCGUCAAGGAGCGGUGCGGUGACAACGCAGCACGUCUAUGAGAUCAUUAAUGUAUAGCCAUCGAUAUCGCGCUCAUCUUGGUAGUUGUUUUUAGUGAACACUCAGUGCUUAGAGAUGAAAGCGAUGUCGCGAUUGAACCACUUCGCGAAAUCACGGCGAGAGAAAUGCGAUAUCGCGUAAAGGAAAAUGCGAGACAGCGCGAGAAGUUUGCGAUAUCGUGAAGGUACCGCUAGAGAUCGCGAGGUCAUGCGGGCUAGGCGCGGCGAGAAACCGGUUUUUUUUGCGAUAUCGCUUUUUUUUUCUCGCGCCGGACUAGACUGAUAUCUUCAGUGUUUAUUAGCUUUUCCUUCUGCGGUUGUUCUUGGUUCUGAUUGAAUUUCGACUCAGCGCAUUUUAAGAUUAAUAAUUUCUCGUUGAACUGUUCCUCAUGCGACCUUGGAUUGUUGAAAAGAUUUUCAUGCAAAAAGUUAAAAAUAUCUUUUCAGGGUCUCGUCGCUGAGAUUUUGAUGACGACGCGAGGCCUUCGCGCCUAUUUGCACGAUAAAUUCAUCCUCUGCAAAGUUGAGGCCAACGAGAGUAUGCUGGCCGAGACCAAUGAGCAGUUGAUUCAAAGAGUGAGUUCCGAAAAGAACUUAUAAAGGCCAGAGAGGUCACUGGAGGGGUUAGGGAAAAAAGGUCCUGUAGUGGAAAGAAUAAUGCUCACAAGAGGACUAAAAUUCAAGUGGUUGCUUCAGGAGUUUAGGGCCUAACCCCUAAGCCUCAAAAGCUCAAGUGGUCCCUAUAGGGGUCUUUUAAUGUUUCUGUUCUGAUUUGAAUAUUAAAAAGACGGGAACCACUAGCAUGCUCCCCUUGUGUGUGGCCACCCUUUCAAGGUUCAGUGCAAUUUUAAGAGGUUCCUUUAGUGAUUCAGGGUCUGUCCCCUAAGACCAUUGAGCUGAAGUAGUUCCUACAGGGGCCUUCAAGUUUUUAGUUCUGAUUAGGAGUCGCUACCACGUUCCCCUACAGUUGUCACUUUUUCAAGCUUUAGUGUCCCUAUGUGCGGAGGUAAAGGUGAUCACUUGAGGGGGACCUUCAUAAGCCCUUAAGAUAGCUCCUCUAGUGACUGCUCUGGCGUUCUUAAAAGAAAAAAUUUCCAAAAAAGAUUCAUAAAUAUUUUUUAAAAUUUAAUAUUGGGAAUAAAUUUCAGAUCAAGUUACUUGAAGAUGAAGUCAAGGCGAAGGAAAGGGAGGCGCGGGAAAUUCGCAAGAAAUAUGUGAGUUCGACGGUGAGAGUAAAAAAAUCAUAUGAUAACGCACCAAAUUCGAAUUUUCAAUUUUAAAAGGCUUCUAUCAUUUCAAAUUUUAAUUUACGUGCGUAAUAGAAGCCAACUCUUUUAGGGCCUAAUUUUUCAGCCGGAAUGCAAAUUUUGCUAAUUCCGCGUUAUUUCAGACACAUCAAUUUGGUGUCAAUAUUCGUAAAUCUACACCCGAUUGUAGUUUGUGCGCUCUACCGCACACUUUUUCUGCUUAAGUCUUAUUCUUGACCCUCGCAAACCGGACGUUUCUGAGCAUUUCUAGGGUUCCCUUAAGAGUUCUGACGCCGCUAAAGUGGUCAUUCGAAACGAUCAGAAACGUUCGAACUUUUUUUGAAGAUCCUUUUUGAACUUCAUGAAAUCAUUUUAGUUCCUUUCCAGCUUCUUUUUUAAAUACGUGUGAAGAAGAUGCCAAUGGGAAAUGAGAAAAGAUGUGAUGAGGCCCUUAGAAAAUCAUUUUUGAAAGAACCUUUGAUGAUCCUGAAUUUUUAUUUUCAGGGUCUCCAAGACUUGGUGCCGCGGAUUAAGAAGGAGUUGGGUUCGAUCGCCCGGACGAUGAAAGACGUGAACACUGCCGAAAAAUGAUACUCACCUUUCUUUCACGUGUACAAUAAUUAAUUACGAAAUUAACCUAUGAAAAUAAACGUUUUGUUCAUUUAUCUAUUAAAUUCGUUCACGUGGUUGUAUCCCUUGAGAAAUACUUGGAUUUAAAGCAUCAGAAACUUGGAAAAGUUGCUUGUUAAUACCGUUUUCCGCGAAAUUCAAAAUUAUCUCUGAAUCUUCUCCUAAAUGGCCAUUUGAACUUUUAAGUUCGCAAAAAAAAUUAUUAUUGGACUUUUCCGAAUUUUUGCGAAAUCACGCUUAAGAUUUUUGUUCUAUUUUUGCAUAAAAUCGUUGAAUUAUUUAGUCUAUGUAGUUAAUUGAAAAUUCGUUGAAAAAUAAGGUUCUGCUCGAUUUUUAGAAUUCUCUGGAGCUCUCCUUGAAAUUAGAGAGCCAAUUAAAGGGGAAUCUUUGGACCAUCGCACCCUGGGUAAAGCUCCGCUUUUUUGGUUCGUCAAUAUAUUAUUUUUUUCAUUUUUAUAGAAGUUUUUUUAUAUUUUUGGUUAUUUUUCAAAUUUGCGAAAUAAUGUUUUUGGAUUCUCAGAAUUUAAUGAAAAAAAGAUAAAUGAUUUCCGAAAUUUUGAUAAUUUUUUUACGAUUUUUUUACCGCUUUGAAUGUUCGAAAGGAAAAUCUUUAAGAAAUUGCGAUUUUUUUCGCAUUUCUAUCUAUCUUUACUGUUGGAAUAUUCAUUUUCAAUAGUUUUUUUAUUGUUUAAAAAGUAUUUUUUUCGAUUUCGGCGCUUUUUUUGGUUUAUUUCGAGACGAUGGAAAUUUUUUUAAAAAUUUUUUUAAAUAUUGAAAUAUUUUUUUAAACUUUUUGAUUUGUGACAAGUUAAUUCUCGUUGGUUUCAAUUGAAUUUUUAAAAAAAUAUUAAAAAUAUGCUUGGUUAAUUUUUUGGAUAGAGAGAAAAUCAGUUUUUCUCAGACAUCUUUGCUAAUUUUUCAUUAUUUUUUAAUCAUCGGCUCCAUUUUAUUAUUUUUCUCUUCUUUAAUUCAUUUUUUUCAGCCCGUCAAAAUGACGGAUUACAUGGCCCAGAUGCUCAAUGAGCUCAUGGGCUCACAAAGAGAUUCAUUGCCCGGAGAGGUACAAAAAAAAGAGAAAACCUGAAGAUAUUUGAAGUUUCCAGGCGAAAGAGCUCAGUUUCGACCAUCCCGACGUCUGCACCGACUUCCUCGUUGGAUUUUGUACCCACGACGCGUUUAAAAACACGAAAAAUGACUUGGGACCUUGUGAAUAUGUCAGUAUUAUAUACAAAUUGGAGUUUCAAAACCCUAAUUUUCGCGAAAUCCGUACUUUCAUUUACUUAACUUACUUUACUGUUAUACUUGAGUUAUUUGUAAUAUUUUAAAAAAAAGCGUUCUGCUAAGUUAACCCAAAAAUUUUUAAUGAAAAAAAUCAAGAUUCCCGUUUUUUUCAAACUUUUCCUUGGUUUCAGUAACAUUUUUUUAAAAAUAAGAACCGAUUUUUCUUGGAUUUAUUAUUUUUUUAAAAAGCUUAAUCCGACAGAAAAGAAUGAAAAAAAGCAUGUUUAAAAAAAUAUGAGAUUUUUUUGAAAAUUCAAAUUUUUUUACACCAGUCUGAGCCGGGUUCAUAAUCAUGAAAAAUAUUUGUAAGAUACGAAAUUUCAAUCAUAUUUUUGAUUUUUGGAGUUCUAAGUAAUUUUAGUCGGUUUCGAAAUUAAUAUUUUGAUUAAAAAAAUAUUUUUGCCAAAUAUUCAAAAUUAGCAUUUCGGGACAAAAAAAUACAAUUAAAUGGCGGCUUUUAAGCGUGAAAUGAUAGCUAUUGAGGCAUUUUCCAAAAAAAAAAACUUUUGAAUUCUUGAAUUCGCGCGUAAAACCGCCUUCACUUUGUACCCAGUUUUUGUCGCGAAAUGCCUAUUCUGCGUAUUUCGAGAAAUAAUUCAUUUUAAGCGAGAAAAAAAAUGUGAGUUUAAAAAUUGGCGAAAUCAGCUUAAAGCACUGUGAAAAUCACUUUCUCCAACGUUUUUUGUUUCAAAAAAUAAUUUUUAUACAUUUAAGAUGAUCCACGACGACAACAUGCGUCACCGUUAUGCAGAAAGCUCGAAAAAGUGGCGGAUGGGAUUUGAGGAACGAUUUUUGGACAGAAUCCGACGAUUGCACAACGAAGUCCGGAGGAAAAUCGAGAAAAACGAGGCCCGUCUGCAGAUGACCCAAGGUCCGGCCUGUAUUCCUCGGGCUUUCCAGUUCUUUUCGAUGAUCUUUAUGUGAAUUUAAACCUGAAAAUGACGCGUUUGUAGGUGAAACCAAGGUCGCCGAAGAGACGUUCGAGAAGAAGCGCGACGAGUUGCGAGAAAAGAAGGAGAAUCUGGCGAAAAGGGUCGAGAUGCUGGUCCAUGAGGCCCAAGUCGAAGGAGGUCGGGGAAACGUCGCCGCCGCUCAGACCGCCGUCGACAAGGCCGACAAGUUUAAGGUUCCCCUUUCUGAAGAUUCCCUUUGUAUUGACGUCCUUAGUCCUCCUCAUGCCCAUGAUUUCUGCGAAAUUCAAAAUUGUCUCUGAUUCUCCAAAAAUUAGUUAUCUUUUUCUUUCUCUGAUGGUUGUUUUAAAAUUCGCGCCGUCACAUCUUCCGUGAUAAAAAAGCUACACCGAACAUAUCUGACUAUAUCGCACCGCGCCGCCGAAAAUAUAUAGCUGAUUCACGGCUAACUUGGGACGCUAAGGGGGCGUGUCCUAUCUGCGCUCUCUACGAGCCAGGCGCUAUCUCGUGCAUUAUCGUGUCAGGACCCUUUUUAAUGGCUCAAGCCAGCCGUGUAUCAGCUAUAGCCAGAACUUUUUGCGACAGUUUUUCCGACGAGCGAUAUAGCGCAAGACUUUUGCGAUAUCGCUGCGAGCGACAUCGCGUCUCUCAUAGUUCAUUCCGUGUAUUUUCUUCACUCGAAGUGGUAGCUCUCUCAAUCGGCCGAGGCUACCCUAGAGUGUACACGGAGUCCGUGCCCAAGCCCCACCAUCACCGCCGUGCCCGUACCCGCGAAACUGAGGGAUCUACUUGUGGAAGAACGAGGCGAAGGACCGUAAAACCAUGCUUUCAAUUCAAUCGACUACACGUUUUGACUUCUUUUUCGUCAAAGGCGGUGUUAGUGCCGCUCAAAAGAGCAAUUUUUUCACCGCCUAGUCGAUUCCAUUUGACUAAAACAACCAAUAAAUAUUGAUGAUUGAUGAUAUUGAUAGUAUCGAGAGCGUAUAUUAUAUAGGACCACUAUUUUUAAAAUGAGAAAUCGAUCAUGUUAAGUAAAAUUUAUGUAUUUUUCACGGUCCAGUUAUCCUUUUCAGGCGGAAAUCGACGAAUUGAACGACGAAGAAGAACGGCUGGAAUCCGAGAAAAAACGAGCCGUGGUCAUGGAGGAAAACGUGACGGCCGGGAAUCGGCAGAUGCAAGUUUGCCAGGUUCGUUUCCGAAUUUCGUGAAUUUUAAGAAUGACGUAGUUCGAAAAUAAGAACGCCAGAGUGGUCACUAGAGGGGCUCUUGAAGGUUUUCCUUUAGGGAACACUUUACAUUUCCCUAUAGGGGACACUAAAGCUUCUGGGGCAUGGAUGAAAAUCUUAAAGGGGUCACAUUUUUACCCCUAUUGUGGGCACUAAAGCUUGAGAAUUGCGAGGAACAUGUCAGCGGCCCUCAAACGCCUAUUCAUUAUGUAUUUUUGACUUUCAAAUCAUUAAAAAAAUGAUGUUUAAAGGUCCCUAUAGGGACCACUUAGAGAGAUCCUAAGCUCCUAAAGAGACCAUCCAACUUUUAGCCCUCUAGGGAGCACUUCUUUGUUGACUAUACCGGUUUUUUUCCUAACCUCUCAAGUGACCACUUUGACGUUCCUGGGAGAAGAUUUUCUUUUAACUUUAAUUUUGAAUUAAAGUGGACAGAAUAUCAAAAAAAAAAAGACUAAUUAAUGACUAAUUGAUUUUUUCAGUGAUAAGGGUCAUUUUCUGUGAUUUUAACAUUAAAAAAAUCGUACAAAUACAACAUUUUCAAAAUCAUUUAUCAGCCCUUUUUUCAAGGUUUGCGGCUGUUUCAUGCUGCAGAACGAUGCCCAACAGCGAAUCGAUGAUCACUUAAGUGGAAAACUUCAUAUCGCCUAUCAAACUAUACAGGAUCAUAUGGCGAUCAUGGAGAAGGUUGAAAAAAAAAUUGUAAAAGAAGAAAAAAAAUAAGAAAGUUUUUUAGGGCUUCGAGGAGAGAAGGGCGUCGCGUGCAAACGACGCAAAACGAUCUUCGGACCGCGAUCGCGACAGAAAACGCGACCGCGAACGCGACGACCGCAAAAAGUGAGUUUUUCCUUCAUUCGCGGCGAUUUUGAAUCUUUCAUUCGUAUGUAGAAUAGGUAGUCGCGAAAAAUUCAAGAUAUAACUGAAUAAUAUUAUAGAAAAGCGCGAAAGUCGCUUCUUAGUCGGGUGCAACUUUCAUUCUCUGUGAGACCAACAAAUUAAAAACCUGAACCAAUUAGUUUAGAAGUUCUGGACGGAACGAUCAAAAAAAGUGAAUUUUCCUUCAUUCGCGACGUAUAGAAUGGCUGCUGGACCAGUAAUUCAAGCUAUAUAUUGUUUAAAAAUCAUCUUAUAUGUUAUUAUAUCACAGCGCGUAAGUCGCAUCUUGGUCGGGUGCAUUUUUCGUUCUCCGUGAAAAUAACAGAUCAAACAUCUGUCCCAAUACUUUAGAAUUUCUGCACCAAAUGAUCGCAAAAAGUGAAGUUUUCGAUGUUUUAACUUUACCCUGAAUAUUCUAAUAGUAGUGCGCGAAAGUCGCUUGAUAGUCGGGUGCACUUUCUUUGUGAGAAUGAAAAGAAAUCAAAAUUCUGACCCAAUUAGUUCAGAAGCUCUGGAUGAAACCAUCGCGAAAAGAGAACUUUUCGAUGUUUCAACUUUACCCUGAGUAUUCUAAUAGCAGAGCGCGGAAGUCGCUUUAUAGUCGGGUGCACUUUUCUUUGUGAAGCCAAAAAAAACUAUCAAAAAUCUGACCCAAUCGUUUAGAAGUUCUAGACGGAACAAUGGCAAAAAAGUGAAUUUUUCGAUGUUUAACUUCACUCUGAAUAUUCUGAUAGCAGUGGAAGAAAGUCGCUUUAUAGUCUGGUGCACUUUUAAUUCUCAAGCAAUCUUUUUUCUUCACAAAAUCACUCAAGAAGCGACCGAUCGAGAAGCCGCGACAAGGAUCGUUCGCGUCGCGGCGGCGGCGGCGACGAUCGCAGCGACAGGGACAGAGACCGGCGACGCGACGGCGACCGUGACAGGAAUCGCGACAGUGGUCGCAACCGCGAUCGCCACAACGAUCGCGACCGUGACCGCAAUCGACGCGACCGCGAUCGCCGAGUUUGAAAAAUCUCUCAUCAAUUGAUAUUCAUUGAUUUUUUUUCAGCACUAG